UCGUUGCAACAUGAUAGGAUCAAUCAGUUCAGCAUGCGAUAUAGUGACCGGCCAAUGUCAAUGCAAAUCUCAUAUAAUCGGUAGACAAUGCGAUCAAUGUCAGACAGAUUACUGGGGCUUGACAACAACGGCAGGAUGUACACCGUGCAAUUGCGAUCCCAUAGGUGCUUUUAAUUCUUCCUGCCAACAAAAUACAGGAUCGUGUUAUUGCAGACCAGGUGUGGCUGGUACACGUUGCGAUAAUUGUCUUACCGGUUAUUAUGGUUUCUCGUCUAAUGGUUGUCAAAGAUGCGAUACCUGUGUAAGACCAGGACACAUAUGUGACCCCGAUACAGGACGUUGUGUUUGCCCAAGCUUGACCUAUGGUGAACACUGUGAUCGAUGUAGACCAGGUUCAUGGAACCUUAUUCCAGGAAUUGGGUGCAAAUCAUGUGCCUGCACCUUAGGUUCAACGAAAUCUCAAUGCGAUAAUCGAGGUCAAUGCGUUUGCAGAAUCGGUUACGAUGGUCUUAGAUGUGAAAAAUGUGCUAAAGGUUAUUAUGGUUAUCCGAGAUGUCAUCCGUGUGGUUGCAAUCCUGCUGGUACACAUACUUGUAACGGAGAAGUUUGUGAUUGUAAUGAAAGUGGCCAAUGUCCUUGUAAGGAAAACGUCGUAGGCAGGCAAUGUGAUUUGUGCAAGAACAGUACCUUCGGUUUGGCUAAGGACAAUCCAAAGGGUUGCACCGAAUGUUUCUGCUUUGGUAGAAGCAAACAUUGUCAACAGGCUGGUUUCAGUUGGGGAUUAAGAAGAAUUCAAAAACCUAGGACACUUUAUAUCAAUGAAUCGGUCAACGAUAUUAUGAUUACCGAUUCAAGUUCAACGGCAACGUUUGUUUCCUCCAACGGUGAAUUAGAAGUUAAGAAUGAUUUGACAAUAAUUCCGAACUCAGAAGGAGACGUAAUCCUUCCGGCUAAUUUCUAUUACAAUUAUCCUCUUUAUUGGAGAUUACCCUCAACAUUUUUAGGCGACAAGGUUAUAUCUUAUGGCGGAUUAUUACGUUUUUCGACAUCAACCGAUGGUGGAAUAUCAUUGAGAACAACACACAAAUAUCCACUUGUCCAAUUGCAAGGAAACAACAGGAUCAUAUUAGAAUAUUACUUGCACACACCUGUUAAGGAUAAUCACUAUGAAGUCAGAUUUCACGAAUCUUUAUGGCAAUUAUACGGCAGACCGGAUUACAAAGUAACGAGAGAAGUAUUAAUGGUUGCUUUACAAAACGUUCAACAAAUUAUCAUCAAAGCUACGGACAAUGCGGAUUUCACUAAAACGAGCCUGUUGGAAGCAUCGAUGGAAGCUGCAGUAUUAAUUCACACCCAUUCACCACCACUGGCAAGUGGUGUAGAGAUUUGUCAGUGUCCUCCGGAAUAUAACGGGACAUCUUGUCAAGAUCCAAGUAUUGGUUACUAUAGAUCGUAUGAAAACAUAAACGUCACGUCGACCAUAGUAAUUGAUCUUGUGGGACAGGCUAUGCCAUGUCAGUGCAGCGGUAGAUCAGAGAUAUGUGACAGAGAGACGGGAUAUUGUCAAAAUUGCCGAGGGAACACCGUUGGCCAGAGAUGUGAGAUCUGUGCGGAUAGUUUUUACGGACACCCCGAUAUAGGUGGUUGUAAACCUUGUCCAUGUCCACAGGUUGAUAAAAGGUUCUCGAGUAGCUGUAUCGUUCGGGAUGAUAGCGAACCAAUUUGUCAUUGCAAACCUGGUUAUACCGGUAGAAUGUGCGAACGUUGUACACACAAUUAUUAUGGUUUCCCUAAUCUACCUGGUGGCCAAUGCGUACCAUGUAAUUGCAAUUUGGCUGGUAGUACGAGUGACAGAUGCGAUCAUAAAACAGGACAAUGCAAUUGUCGUUCCGGAUCAACUGGAAGGGAUUGUUCGCAAUGUACGGCUUAUCGUCACGUUUACAUUGAUAACGUUUGCACGUCAUGCAACGACAACUGUACUGGUCUAUUAUUGGAUGACAUUGAUUCAAUGAUGGAAGAACUCGCUGUUGGUACUUCACACAUUGCUGACGGUUACGUACCUCCCCCCUGGGAGGAAUUAAAUUACGUCGAUUCUAAUGCAAGCCUUCUGCUAGGCCAAUUUAAAUUGCAAAGUCAACUUAAGGAAAGAAUGAAGAACGUGCCCUGGUACGAAUACAAAAAGAUCAUGAAAAAUGCUGAAACUUUGUUAAGAAAUGCAAACGAACAGGUCAAUCGUGGCAAUUUAUGGAAAAACAAAUCGAACGAUCUAAAAAAUAAUAUUUUCAGUGCACAAAUUGAAAUUCGAAAUCUUCGCAAACGUAUUGAAGACACUAUCUCACAAUUGAAUUCUUACGGUGACGAUAACAAAAGGAUUGAAAUAAAAAAUGCUUUGGAAAUAGCGAGAAAGAUAUUGCACGAUCUGAAAAAUGUUAAUUUAUCGAAGAAAACGAUAAAAAUUGAAAAAUUCAUCGAUGACACCGAUGAUUAUAUCAAUUGGUUAAAUUCGGUUUACAAUUCGACGGAACCGAUAACAAUACUCCAAGAGGAUACGGAUGAUUUUAUUUUAAAAAUGAACGAUAUGAACAAAAUCUUGGAAGAAACGAUGGAAAUUUUAUACACCUACGACGGACUUUACAAAGAUAUUAAUAAAACUUAUAUCGAGUUUGAAAAUUAUUGCGAUAAAAUAAAUAAAUUAACGAAAGAUAUCGAUAAUAUAGAGGAUGGUAAACAAUUGAUCGAAGAAGCUAAAGGAUUCAUAAUCGAUACGCAAAAUGAUCUUCAAGAUCUUCCGGAUUUGGAAAAGAAAUUAUCAUAUUGGAUCGAUCAAUUGCACGUUAGGGAAGAAAUAUUGUACAGAUUGAAUUACGAGUAUAACGAUAAAUACGUUUUACCGGCAAUAGAACAUGCGAAAAAUUUAUCCAAUUACGUGGACGAUUACGUUAGUCUGUUUUCGGAGACACGCGACAUAGCGGCAAGCCCGCUGAAGGCAAGUCAAGCAUACAAGAACAUCGUUGACAGCUUGACAAAAGCUAAUGACACUGCAUUAAUGGCCAAAAUGACAGCUGAAAAUACUUUCUCUCAGGUAAUACCGGAUGGGAAAAAAUCGAAAUCAUUGUUGGACGAUUCGAUAGAAGUUUUAAAUGGUUCGUUGGAACAAUUAAAAAAAUCUAACAAUAUGAUGGAAUCCGUGGAAGCUUCAAUAAACAAAACGGAAUUUCAGAAGGAUGCUGUGAAUCAUUUGAAAAAUACUUUAAACAAUACCGAGAUACGUGAUAACAAAAUAAAUGUUAAAUUGCGCGAAGUACAGAGUGAAAGCAAAGAACUACAAGAAAAAUUAGAACAAGUAAUGCAGGACAACGAUAAAGUAUCGGAAUCAGUGAACGAUAUGAAAAUGUUAAUAGACGAUUACAGGAAAGGUAUUUCCGAUCGAUUGCAACCAAAAUUGCAAGAUUUGAAAAGAGAAGGAGACUCGAAGAUCAGCUUGGCCAGUGAAAAAUUGUCAGAAGCUUUGAGCAACAUUAAAAAAGCAGAUGCAAAAUUGAUAAGUUUAUCUAACGCAGCAGUAAAACGUAAAAAUGUUUUUGAUAAAUGGAACGAUACACUAACAUUUAAACUACAAAAUCUCAAAGACAAGAUUGCUGAAGCAAGAAACACUGCUGAAGGGAUUCGAGUAUCCGUCAAAUCUGUGGAAGAUAAAAAAUGUAUAAGAUCUUACAGACCGAAUAUUCUUCAACCAUCAUCAAUGACAACCAUAAUCAUGACUUUUGCUAUUCCUGAUAAUCAAAGAGACGGAUCUUUACUUUACUUACCUAGUAGUAUCAACGACGAUUUCGUAGCAUUGGAAAUGAUCGAUAGGAAAGUGAAAUUUGUGUGGAACGUAGGAGGGGGUACAGGAAUUUUAACUCAUCCUGAAACCAUUGAGAGUGGUAAUCUCAAAGAGGAUCGGUUUUGGUACCGCAUUGAAGCCGAAAGAAUAAGAAACGUAGGUAAACUGAGCGUGAGAAAACAAUCGUCGACAUCAGGAAGAUAUCUCCCAGUUAUGAAUUCAACCGAUCCAGAAUAUGGUAGAUUCGAUAUAACCAGUAUGGAUCGUGUUUGGUUAGGAGGUAUACCUGAAUCUCAAAGAAGACCUGUUGAACUUAUCGGUGCUAAUGGUUUACCUGCUUGCGUUCAUCAGCUCAUUCUUGAUGGCAAACCAAUUGGUUUGUGGAAUUUUAUUACAACAGCACCUGACAUGGCUUGCGAAGCUUGCAUGGAAGGAACCGAGGAUAUCAGAGAUGACAUAGCUUACAGCUUUAAUGGCGAAGGUUAUGCUGUUAGAAACAAAGUGUCUUCUGGUCCAUACAACAAAUACACUUUCGGCGUGUCCAUCAGUUUUCGUACAUACGAUGAAAAUGCUUUAAUAUUUUUAGCAAUAAAUGAGAAAAACAAUCAACACAUCAUGAUAAUUCUUCGAGAAGGAAGAGUUAUACUUCACGUUGGUUAUGGUGGUAACGUUAGCAUGGAAAUGUCAUCGACUUACAAAUACAAUAAUGGUAAUUGGACCACCGUGGAUGCCUUUAGACAAUAUCACUUACGUAAAAGUAUAGAGAAAUGUAGUUUGAACGUUGGUGAAGAGAAUGAUAAGAAGAUAGGUGCACCAACACCGCAACCGAAAAAAGAAGAUAUUCCUGACUUAUCUCGAGCUAAAUAUUACUUCGGUGGUGUACCACCCAGUUUCAAAGCUGAAAAUAUAAUAUUACCGUCUCAGGUAUCCUUUCUAGGAUGUAUGUCUAAUAUUAUUGUACAAGAAGGCUACGAUCCAAUGGCUGAACAAUAUUACGGCGUUGAACCCACUUGUGCCAACAAGCCAUUGAGAACAAUUGGUUUUUAUGGUAACGGUUAUCUCGAACAUUCUGCUUUUACAUUACGUAAAAUAAGUUCAUCAUUUAGUUUCGCGUUCAGAACACUGCAGGAGGAAACGAUUCUUUUGUUAUCCACUUUCCAAGGUCAAGAAGAAAGAUUAUACGGUCCCCAAUCGAUGAACGAGGAUAUAUCUAAUGAAAAUUAUUAUUCUGUUUGCGUGAUUAAUGGACAAGUGGAGGUACGAUUAAAUGGUGGAAAAGGAGAACUCGUUUUAAGAUCUAAUGAUACGUUCAAUGAUGGAAGAUAUCACACUAUUACGAUUAUUAAAAAAAGAAAGGAUGUUGAAUUAAGGAUCGAUGAUGCAUAUCAAAAUAUAGCAAAAUUACCAAGCAGUGCAGCUAUCAAAGCACCUGAUUCUAACGGUGGCCUCUUCUUCGGUGGACUUCCGGCUUUGAUUAAUAAUACCAAAAUGGUGGCUACUAAAGUUCCUUUGUACGGUUCAAUCAAGGAUGCUAUCUUCAAUGACGAGUAAGUUU